GGAGACGGGGGGGGGGGGGGCCGUAGCUGCGGAGGCUUCAAUUAUACAUCCAUUCGGGACCAGGUGGUGACCAUGGAAACGGAAAUAAGAACUAUAAGAAACCCGAGAAUGCCGGUGCAAUGACUUCCCCAUGCGAUUAGACAGGGAGCAAACAGGUGAAGUCCCUCACUGCGUUUAGACUGCCGUUCCCUUUGUCUCACCAUGGACCUGCCAUCUUUACUGCUUUGUAUACUGUUGGAAUUCCUGGCUGUGAAUUGUAUAGACCUUGCACAGGAACGUAUAGUGGGAGGAUACGCGCCAGUUCCACAUUCGAUCAAGUACAUCGUGUCGAUACAGACCACGGAGCGUCAGCACAUCUGCGGAGGCUUCUUGAUAAACAAGUACUGGGUGAUCACAGCAGCACACUGUAACAUUGGGUUGAACAAAAUGGUGAUAGUAGCAGGAGACUACUCUCUAACCAUCUUCGAGGGCACAGAGCAAGAAAUCAUCCCCCAUCUUUUGGUACCCCACCCUGAGUACAACAUGGUCACCAACAACCAUGACAUCAUGCUUAUAAAAUUGAGGGUCCCGAUCUACCUGAACAGCUACGUCUCCAUCGCUCUGCUGCCCAGACAGGGGGCGUCCAUAGCGGAGGGCCGAAUGUGUCGAGUGUCAGGCUGGGGAUACACCAACCCCAGCGGAGGCCAGAUCCCCUCCACCCUCCGUACCGUCAAGCUCCCCAUCGUCUCCAGCCAGAAGUGUAACAGCACCGAGUCCUUUGACGGCAGCAUCACGGAGAACAUGCUCUGUGCUGGUUACAGCUUUGGUGGGAAGGAUGCCUGUAAGGGGGACUCUGGAGGUCCGCUUGUAUGUGACGGCUGGGUCUAUGGCGUGGUCUCCUGGGGGAGGGGUUGUGCCGAUGCCCAGUUUCCUGGCGUCUACACGGCCGUGUCCAACUACCGCAGGUGGAUCGACGAAACCGUGUUCAGCUACUUCAGCAGGUGUAACAAGGGUUAGGACCCAGUGUGGCUGAGAUAAAGACAAAACACUCGGUGGAGACUUGAGGUUCCUUGAGUUCACUUUAGCCCGCUUUGAUUUGAUAUGUACUGUUGGUUGCCUUUAUCAUUUGUGCACUUUUGAUUGUACGUUCAUGUGUUAAAGGAAUGGUUCGAACAUUUUGGGAAACACACUUUAUUCACCUUCUUGCUCAGAGAUAAAUGAUGAGGUAGAGAUCACUCAUCUCUGUUUGUUACAUAUGAAGCUACAGCUAGUAGAGGUUUAGCUUAGCUUAGCAUAAAGACUGGAAAAAGCUAACAGCAGCCACAAAAUGUGCUAAUCAACACGUUAAUUAGCACAUGGUAUCUCAUUUGUUCUAUAGGCUUUGUACAAAACCCCAAGUCUAAAAACCCAAGACUAUUUUUUAAGAACGAUGACAUGACAGCUCCCAAAAGCUGAAGCCAAACACCUGGAUCGCCCCCUGGUGGCUGGUUGCAGUAUGGGUCAUAAACCCUGCCUCCUCCAUGUUAGUGAAUGGGACAUGAACCAAACUAAAAAGUCAAAGCAGAUGUUAAAUACAUGAAAUGUCAUUUUUGUAGUUCAGAUCACAAUGACGUACGCUCAGUUGUUCUUUGCUCCAGUUAUAUUGGUUUAAAUCAGUAAUUCGAUGCUAUAAACACAACGUUAAACGUCAUGAUUGACAGCUGAGACUGGCUCCCGAUUGGUUGAGCAAGUGUAUCAAUGGUAAAUGGAUAUGUGUUAAAAACACAACGUUAUGGUUAUACUGGUAAAUUUCAUGAUGCUAAGCUAAGCUAACCAUCCUUCUUCCUGUUGGAAAGACAUGACAUGACAGAGGUAUCAGUCUUCUCAUCUUGGUCUCGGACAGAUAGUGAACAAAUACAUUUCCCAACAUGUCAAACAAUCCCUUUAGGUUUACAUGCUUGAAUAUUUAUCAUGUCUGUUUUGGAUCUAUGAUUUAAAGAAACCCAAAAACAAAACGUGAUGCAUAAUCGUCCCACUGAAGAAAACAGGACAUACAUGACCACAUCAAGCAAAACAUUAAGAAAGAGGUGCCAUAAUGCUGCUCAAAGUGCUCAGAGUCAUAGCUUCCAAAGCGUUGUGAAGAAAUUCUGUAAGCAAGCACACUCACAAGUUCAUGUUUUUGAUCAGCUCAAAUAAAAAUGACUGCGGGGAUAAAUAAUGUACAAGUGGAUGGAUUUAUUACUUACACACUCAUUUAAUCAAUAAAAGACCAUUGAUGCAUUCAGAAUUUAUCAAUUUAUCAAUAAGCCUGUCCUUGGUUUUCAGAAUAAAGUAGUAGGAUAAGAAGGGUAAUGAUAAUUUUUUCUGCCAAUUUCCUUCGGUUUAUUUAUGGACUUGUCUUCUUAAAAACAUUGUCACUAUGCGUGAAGCACCUUAAAGUGUGAGCGUUAAGUAAAUGCGUGUAGCUUGGGCUUGAAAAGGAGACUGAAAUUGUACAUUUUGUGUUAUAAAACAAUGACAUGAGCCGGAGUGUUUUCUCGUUUUUUACAAUUCGAUGAAUAAAUGAUAGAUUGCCAUUUCUUUUUUUUCCCACCCACUGUCCCGCUGACU